GAAACAGACGAACUGGAGGAUGUGAAAUCGGGCCUACAGAAUGAAAUAGCUGACUUGCAGAAGGAGAAGGAGAGACUCGAAUUCAUCCUGGAAGCUCACCAGCCCAUCUGCAAACUCCCGGACGACUCCCGGGCUCCCACAACGUCUGGCAUGGCCAAGGCACGUUCGGAGAGGCCGAGGGACCUGGUUGCCGGGGCGUCGGGCAGCUCCUUCAGGCCCAAGCCCCGGAGAGUGGCCAUCGAGCCCGCCUCCAGCCGGGGGGGGCCGGAGCCUGAGGCCCUGCACACCCCCACCCUGGCGCGCACCCCCUCGGGCACUCCCUUUGCCACCGGCCUGACCUUCACCUACCCGGGCACCGUCUUCGAUCUGGAACCUGCCGCCGGGCCCUCCGGCCAGGCCCCGGGCCUGUACGCGCCCCCGGAGCCUUGCUCUGCUGCCCAUCGCCGUGGCAGCAGCAGCGGCGACCAAUCGUCCGACUCGCUCAGUUCGCCGACCUUGGUGACCCUUUAGGCGCCCGGCAACCCGCGGGGUCGGUGUGGGGCGGUCGGGUGGGGGGAGGAGGAAUUUAUCGUCAUAGAAAGGUCAAGGGUCAUCUGGAUGGGGCACGAUGAGGUGGAAUUUGGCGGGGGAGGGUGAUGGUGGGGAGUCCCUUCCCACACCAAGGGAUUAAUGGCCCCCUCUUCCCAUUCCCACAGCCCCGACCUUCUUGUGAGACAUGGAGCCUUUGACCCGCCAACCUUAACCUCCACUCCCCU